CAAAGAGCAGAAAAGUUUAUAAUUGGUCAACAUUUUUAUAUAUACAUGAUUUUGAGUUAUUUGUACAACAAACCAGCAGCCAUGGCCAAAGUAGUGCUCAAUUAUUCUCUUCCCAAUCUUAUUACAUUAACCAAACAUGACACAAAACUCUUUUUCAACUUAAACAAAAUACCCAGUACUUCAUCUUCUUCAUUAUUUAAUCAAAGUAGUGUAUCAAGAUCCAAACUUUACACUUCCAUUUCAUCUGUUUCAACAAAUCUCACUGACCCUUUUGAGGCAGAGCUUGAAAGUAGUCAAACCCCAGAUGGGAAGUUCGACUGGUACAGCAACUGGUGUCCAAUUAUGCCGGUUUGUGAUCUGGACAAGAGAAGGCCACAUGGGAAGAAGGUGAUGGGGAUUGAUGUGGUGGUGUGGUGGGACAAGAAUGAGAGUGAAUGGAAGGUGUUUGAUGAUAGUUGUCCUCAUAGAUUGGCUCCUUUAUCAGAAGGAAGGAUUGAUCAAUGGGGGAGAUUGCAGUGUGUCUACCAUGGUUGGUGCUUUAAUGGCUCUGGAAAUUGCAACUUCAUCCCCCAAGCUCCACCAGAUGGCCCUCCGGUUCACACUUCCAAGAAAGCAUGUGUUUCUGUUUACCCAAGUACUGUGCAGAAUGGCAUUGUAUGGUUUUGGCCAAAUGCAGAUCCCAAGUACAAAAAUAUUAUUACAAAGCAAAAACCACCUUAUAUUGCAGAAAUGGAUGAUUCAUCAUUUUCUCAAACAAUAUUAAAUAGAGAAUUUCAUUAUGGAUAUGAGGUGAUGAUUGAGAAUCUUAUGGACCCUGCACAUGUUCCAUAUGCUCAUUAUGGAUUAAUGCAAACUCGCAUACCUGGUAAGGCUGAUAGAGAAGGUGGUAUACCUCUAAAAAUGACUCUGGAAAAUUUCAACAUUAAUGGUUUUACUGGAAUGGGUGAUCCUGGUUUCAACCAAUUUUUUGCACCAUUUGUUUUCUAUAGCUCUGUGCCCCUUAAUCUAAAAGAAGGUAAUAAUGAGAAUAGUAAGAAAAGGGCUUUAGUAUUUAUAUGUGUUCCAAUUAGUCCUGGUAGAAGCAGAUUGAUAAUAAGUGAAUCAAGAUGUGAUGAUUGGAUUAACAAAAUAUCUCCAAGAUGGAUAUUUCAUGUUCUCUUAAAUGCUGUUUUGGAUUCAGAUGCAUAUCUCCUUCAUCUUGAGGAGCUUAAAAUAAUGGAAGCUGGAAUUGGAAAAUGGAAUAAAGCAUGUUUUGUGCCAACAAAAUCAGAUGCUCAUAUUGUUGCAUUUAGAAAAUGGCUUAACAAGUAUGGUGGUGGCCAAGUUGAUUGGGGUGGCAAAUUCUCUGGUGCUCUUCCACCAACCCCUCCUAGAGAACAACUCAUGGACAGGUAUUGGAGUCAUGUAGUGAAUUGUAGUAGUUGCAGUGCUGCACACAAGGGUUUCAAAGUGUUAGAAAUAAUGCUACAAGUGAUCUCUAUAGCUAUGAUUGGAUAUGUUGGUGUGACCAAUAAACAAGGCCAAACAUUGAAGAUUGCCAUGGUUUCUACAGCAUUACUUUGCUUUGUAGCUUCAAAGUGGCUUUCUCAUUUCAUCCACAAGACCUUCCAUUUUCAUGACUAUGACCAUGCUUUUCGUUGAAACAUAUCUCACAUGUAUAAUGAUGCAUAUAUAUAUAUAUAUAUAUAUAUAUAUAAAUAAAUAUAUAUGUCAUUGGUUUUGAUUACUCAACCAAUGAAAUAACCUUAGAGUUAGAGUACUUGAACUUCAUAUAUAUUUGCAUGUAUGUCGAUAUGAUUUGUGUUGGGAAAACAAUUGAUUCUAUUUAUGUUUCACACAAUUGUACUAAGAACAAUAUCCAAAGAUCAAUUAAGAACUUAAAUCGAGAGAAA